AUGAGUCGGUUACUACAAGUCACGCUGGGCGCAGCAGUCGUACUUUCUGGAUGUAUGUUGAAUGCCGCCGCACACGGUGGUGACGCGCAGCAACAGGUUGUAGCUGCGCCGGAUGCAGAUUGGCCCACGAGGCACAUGGCGGAACAUCACAUCUCCGCCUUCGACUCAGGCACCUUCUUCACUUUGCACGAUUAUGACUCCACGGGUGUCUGGAACGCCGACGAUAUCAAACGCACCUACGGUCUCUUCGAUCCGUCGACCAAGCACAUCAGCGACCUCAAGAAACAGGGCGUCGUAAAGACUGUCCUCAGCAUGUUCGAUAUAAAUCAUGAUGGCGUUAUCUCGGCCGAAGAAUUCCACAUAAAAGAUGCGGAGGGCGUCAAGCUGCCCGACUUUGGCUUCGGGCCCGGCCACCACGGAGACGACGAGUACGAGUACGAGAUCCACCAUUGGGAGAAGUACCACAGUGGAGAUGAUGUGAAGGAGGAGGAUUUGACGCACCCAGAGGACAUUGAGCAUUUCAAGAAGCACGACGAAAUGGAGGCCAGGCAAGAGCAGUGGGAACAAGAAGAGCGGAGGGGGAUUGUCGAGAGGAACAUUCCGGCUAAGUUUAGGAUCAAUUGA